AUGGACAAGGAACAAGAAAAGCGGGAUUUGCACAACCAGUUUGUCGCAGAGCUAAGAGAACAAGACCGCUGGCUACCGAUCAACAAUGUCGGAAGACUCAUGAAAAACACGCUGCCCGCAUCAGCCAAAGUUUCAAAAGACGCUAAAGAGUGUAUGCAAGAAUGCGUAUCAGAGUUCAUCUCGUUUGUCACAAGCGAGGCAAACGACAGAUGCACGACUGAUAAAAGGAAGACCAUUAACGGAGAAGACAUCCUCAUUUCGCUAAAUGCACUUGGUUUUGAGAAUUACGCCGAGGUCCUCAAGAUUUACCUCGCCAAGUAUCGUCAACAACAGGCUCUCAAAAACCAGAUGACAUACAUGCGCAGGGACGGCGAGAGCGAGGAUCUUGAGAGCGGGUCGCAAGAUGAGGACCCAGCCUCGAACACAGCCGGCCUUGAGGCCUCAAAAGAAGGACAGGUUAUGGCUUCUGACCCGUCCAACGACAAAGAGCCUAAUAAGGGAGCGUCAAAAGAUGCCAGUCACUUUGAUCAGGACAGCCAGCUUUAUUUGUAG